UUCAUAGAUCCCCAUGGAAGAAGUGAAGGUAUAUGGAGUUUGGGCAAGCCCUUACAGUCAGAAGGUGAUAUGGGCUCUAAAACUGAAGGGUGUUAAAUUUGACUACAUUGAAGAAGACCUCCAUAACAAGAGCCAGAAGCUUUUGCAAUACAACCCAGUUUACAAGAAGAUUCCUGUGCUUGUCCAUGGUGAAAAACCAGUGGCUGAGUCCGUCGUGAUCCUCGACUACAUCGAAGAAACAUGGCCCGAGAAUCCAUUGCUACCCAAAGAUGCUUAUGAGAGGGCCGUGGCUCGGUUUUGGAUUCAAUUUGGCCAAGAAAAGAGUCCUACCUUUCACGCAUUCUUUCGAACAGCUGGUGAGCAACAAGAAAAGGCAGUAAAAGAAGCACUGGAAGUUCUGAAAAUCCUGGAAGAGAAAGGCCUGGGGGACAAGAAGUUUUUUGGUGGCAACAACAUUGGAUUGGUGGAUAUAUCAUUUGGUUGGCUUGCUCACUGGCUUGAAGGCAUGGAAGAAGUUGUGGGCAUAAAACUAAUGGAACCCAGUACUCUACCUCGUCUGCAUAAGUGGAUCAAGAAUUUUAAAGAAGUUCCUGUCAUCCAAGAAAAUCUUCCUGAUCCUGAAAAACUGUUGGCAUAUUUUAAAGUCCUUAGAGAAAAGUUUGUCAGAGACCUACCAAGCAACGAUCAGUAGUAACCGUUUCAGCCUUUUAUCUACUUUAGUAUUUUUUAGUGUCAAAAAAU